AUGUCGGAGUAUGUAGGCUAUGUCCAGGGUGGACUCCAUGCGCACCCUGGAUCGAUGUCGCGAUGCGAUGAUGGGAUGCAUCAAUACCUGGAGGUCCACUCCAGGCUGGAGGCUAUCACUAGCUGGGAUGGAUGGGAGGGUCACUUCGACUUAGGCUCCAGUUUAGAGAAGGAUAGCUUAAAUGAAAGUGUACUGUGCAGCUACUGCGCAGUAUACGCCGUCGAGUGUGGUCUCCAGUCCGGAUGCAGGCGGUGCAUAUGGGAUGGACGUGGAGGUCGAGGGUACCUCACGCUAGCUAGCCUCAGCGGUAGCCCUGAGGCUGUAGUGGACGUAAAAUUGGUGGAUCCCUCCUGCACGUGCAAGGCGAUAAAGGGUGCGGUAACAAAGCUGCGCCUACCAACAGCUAGUGUGCGUGGAAACCUGCUAAAACUGCGUUCCCAGACUGAUUGCAUGCGGACGUCGCAUAAUCCACAAUGCAUCAAGAUGGGUGGGUCAGUGCGUGCGACGUGCAGAACUGCGCAUGUGUCUAGCGAGGUGACCCUGUGUGUCAGUGGAUUGUGUCGGGGGGAUGGCAACGCACUGGCAGGCACAGUUACCCAGGACACCACAGGGCCCCACUACAAGUACUCUGAUGAUCCUUUCCUAAGCCCUUACUCUAAUCUUACCAAGAGGUCUUAUGCGCUCUCUAAGGAGUCUGGACGCAAGGCAGCUCGUUGGAUAAGAGAGGAAUACCCAAAGCUUUUCCUUCACCGCCCAGAUGAGCCUUUCAUCGAGUGUUUCCAGCCCAAGCAGCAGUAUGAGGAGGGGGUGGAGGUGGAUGUGGACACUCUGGUGGGGGUGGUGGCGCGGGGGGAAGUGGCCAAUGCGAUCACUGUUUAUCGCCUCUGUAAGGACAAAAAUAUAUUUCUCCCAGAUGAUGUUUUGCAAGACUUACUAGAACUACUAUGCUUCUACAAUGAGGAGGAACAGGUGGAAGGAUGGAGGACAGUCAGACAGUCCUCUGCUACUGCCAGGAAGACGUGGAAAGACAACAGCUUGGCAGAGGAGGUGUUUGCGUCACUCACCAGCAGGGGGCCGGCCGCCUACUGUGCACUCAUUCGUGGCAUGGCACACUACCUCCAGGUGGACAGGGCAUGGCAGCUGUAUCAGGAGUGCCAACAGAAGGGCAUUCCUCUUGACACUGGCACCCAUAAUGCACUAAUUCGGGUUGCCUCCUUCCUGCGUGAUGCCUCAGAUCUCCGCUGGCAACUGGUGCAGGAGUUGCUGUGUGGGAUGGCAGAGAGGGGCGUGUGUCCUGACUUGGGGACACUCAACGCUACUCUGGCAGCGCUGGCUCAGGUGUCUGGCUGGCGGCAGGCACGGGAUAUUAGCCUUAAGGUACUAAUGGAGUUUCAUCAGCUGGGCAUUAAACCUUCACUGGCAUCCUACUACUACCUCCUCACCAUUCACUGCAGGGACCGUGGACCACGAAGUGACAUCCUGGUGGGUAUCCUGGACCAGAUGGAGGGGCAGUCCUUCACCCUGCAGGACCCCAAAGACACGUCCUUCUUCGUCACCGCCAUGGAGGUUGCCAGGAAUCACCUGAAGAGUCUCAAGGUGGCGGAGAGGGUGGAGUCUUUGCUCCACCAGGGCACAAACCACCUGUUCAUUGGUGAUUCAUACAAGGAGAGUGUGUAUUACCGUCACUACUUUGCCCUCUCCUGCUCCUCUCUCCCGAUUGAUGAGUUUAUGCAGGUUUAUGACAAGCUGGUGCCACACAUCUACACACCUGAGCCAGGCAUUAUGCAGGAGGUUCUACAAGCCAUCCAGACCAGCGGAGCCCUGCACUACCUUCCCCAGCUGUGGUCCGACAUGGUACUGUUUGACCAUUGCUCUCGAGACAAACUUGUGGGGCUGAUGCUGACUACCCUGACCCACCACCAGCCCUCUCCUGAUGACCUCAUGCUGACAGAAAGGCUGGUCACCAUUGCCAAGGAUAUUUGGUGUAGAGUACAGGCACAGGACCCGACUAGGAGGAAUAAGGUGACCUGGACUGGGACCAUGCUUGGGUGUGUGGUGGAGGUGGUAGUGCGGUGUGGUGAGUACCAGACGGCCCUGGAGGUGCUGCGCGAAGCCACCGCAGCGCCCCAGGCUGUGUUGGGGGUUCUGCCAGCACAAUCCCUCACAGCACUGCUCUCUGCCGCGCUGCACAGGAAGGAUGCUGAUACUGCUGUGGCCGUGGUGUUGUAUGCGCAGGAUGCUGGGCACCAGGAGACAGGACAGAUGGCACAACAGGUCCACUCCAGCCUGGCCCUGUCCCACCACCACCUGGCCAGCCUCGCCUCAGCUCUGGGCAGGGAUGUGUACUUGCCCCACGACACCCCUGCCACGUCCUCAGCCCCGGCCACCUAGAGAGAGAUAAAGAGAGGAAAAGUAUGUGUGAGGUUCAGAUUGUUGAAGUAAGAUUUGUUUGUGUUGUUUGUUGAGAGAGAGAGAGAGAGAGAGAGAGAAUGUUUCAAAUUGUCAUGUAUAAGAUUUUUUUGUAUUAUUUGUUUAUUUUUACUGUAUUUGACGGGUCACAAGACGCAUCCAGUUUUGGCAGACACUGAAAUGCAUAAAAAGUUGAAUGAGCAGAUUUAAGCUUUUAGUAUGAAUUGAAGGAUUUCACAUUACAUUUUAGGACUCACAUGCAAUUGGAUCUUUAUUAGAUCCUAGUAUUUUGCAUUUAACCCCCUCAGUACCAUGACAAGUCUUUAUAUUUAUUCUGCGUACUAUUUGGCCAUUUUAUACAGCUUCAGAAACGUAUGUGAGGAUUAAAAUAGUGAAAACUCUGGCCAUUGAUCUUCUGACCUCCAUAGACCCUUCCUAAUGAAGAUAAAAUUCUCUAAUCACACCCAAAACUCAUGGUAAAAAUGCAUCCCAGUAGUGAAAGAGUUAAGAACUUUAAUAUUUGCUAGUAGCCCACAUAGCAGUCUUGUUGUGGGAUGUAAAAAUGUACGUGGCAUAUGGCACUGUGAGAGACUACAGGCUUAAUAGUCGUGAUUUUUCCUUUUUUUAUAACUGUUUUUUUACAUAUAUGCAAGGUAAGAAUGUUAAAAGAUAGGUGCAAUUUUAAUAGUGUGAAAGUGUGUUUUACCUUAAGGAGUAACAGCAUCACACUGUAAAGAAAACAGUGAGUCUUGCCCUUGUCAAGAUUAAGAUCGUCAAUCCUGUGUUUUGUUUUGGUUCAUGUGAUGUAUGGCUAAUUCCCGACGUCGGAAAGUGCUGAAAAGCUGCCAGAUUCGCCAGAUAACUUAAUUUAGCACAUUCAACUCGGUAUGCUGGAAAAAAAU